CUUAUUUUAAAACAUGGAUAUCAAUUACUAUUCAAUAUUAAAUUUAAAAAGACAUUGUACUAAAGAUGACAUUCAUAAAGCAUUUGGUAAACUAGUAAAUAGUCAAAUUCAAAAUUGUUGUUUGGUUAUGUUGUGUGAAGCAUAUGAGGUAUUAUCUGAUCCAUUUCGCCGAGCGAUAUAUGAUGAAUAUGGUGGAGAGGGUGUUAAAAAAGGUGUAAGUACCAAUGAAUUGUACAUUGGUCCAUGGACCUACCAUCGUGAUGUGAAAAGCACAUAUUCAAAGUAUUGUGCGCUUAAUAAUCCAAUAACGAAUUUGUUCAUUAAAUCAAAUGGUUCGGUGAUUAUGAAUUUCAAAAAAAAUAAAGGUGGACCUGAUAUUGUGAAGUUGCGUCUUCAGUUAACAUUGAGCGAAAUUUUUAAUGGAUCGAUAAAAUCAGUUAAGCUUAAAAGAAGACCUAAUAUUUGCGAUUCAAUAUUAAAGGAAAUGCCAGUUCUGAAUAUAAAAAUACCGCGUGGGUUUCCCACAGGAGGAACAUUAAGGUUUGAGGUGUCGAAGCCAGACACAGGUCAUAACAAUGUUAAAACUGUAUACCUAUUYACCACGGAGGAUUUACCGCAUAAAGUUUUCAAACGAGAUAAUAUGAAUUUAAUUAUGGUUCAAAAGGUGUUGUUAAAACAAGUGCUACUUGGUACAAGAGUUGUUAUUAACACAUUAGACCGUAAAGUGUUGAGAGUAAAUAUCACGGAAGUUAUCACGCAAGAUUACGUUAAAUUAAUCCACAAUGAAGGCAUGCCUGAUAUGAAUAAUCCGUCACAACGUGGUGACAUAAUCAUCCGGUUUGACAUAAUUUAUCCGCUUUAUUUGCCAAUUACAGAUGACACAUUUUGGGGCGUCUGUCUCUUAUGGCCCUAG